AAAAAAUCUCCAACGCAUUCACUCGUAAAACUGCUGUUUAGAAAGAGUGUUUAGUAAAAACAAUGUCAAGGAAACUACAGAUUUUCAGGUCGGAAACAACUUCCGAAUUUUCACUAUGCAAAACACCACAAAAACCACACCAGUUUGAACUUUGAAACCAUGCACGCAUGCGUCAUAUCACAGAAAAAUCAACGCCAAACCCAAAAAUCUCCAGACGACGAGUUGAAUUGGUACCAAUUUUUGACUUUUCGACGGCCUUCAUCUAUUAUAAAUCCAAUCCAGACUAUGUCAAGAAAAAGGAAAAAGAAAAACUGAAAAUCAUGAAACCUUCAACUGUAAUGCUUGUUUUCUUAUUAAUUCCCCUCCAUUUUUUGGCCGCUCAAGUUUCUUCAAUCGACACCCUGUGGCGAGGAGACAGUCUGAACUCAUUUUCUCAGCUGAUCUCUGCCAGAAGGAUUUUCACAUUAGGGUUUCACACUCCUCAAGACUCCAACAACACCUACCUCGCCGUGUGGUACACCGACGGCGCGUUCCCUAACCCUCCCGUGUGGAUCGCCAACAGGGAAAACCCUUUUCCCCCAAAUUCAAAUCUGAGUCUCACAAUAGACGCCAUCGGAAGCCUGGUCAUCACCAGCCGACGCCCAGGAGUAGAAUCAUUCGAGCUAUAUUCCGGCGGACCAAGGAACAAUCUAUCAGCCACCCUGUUGGACACUGGGAAUUUCGUAGUCAGGGAGACGAAUUCCAGCGGAGAGAUUUUAUGGCAGAGCUUCGAUUAUCCUACUGAUACUCUCCUCCCGGGUAUGAAACUAGGGUUUAAUCAACGGACAGGGAGGAAUUGGACUCUUUCUUCAUGGUUUGACGAGAGUAAUCCAGCUCAUGGGGCCUUUACCCUUGAAUGGGACUCAAAUGGAGGCCGACUGGUAAUCAGACGAAGAGGAGUGAUUUACUGGACGAGCGGGCGGAUGAGGGAUUAUUACGAGAAUACAGGAAAUUUCAGUAUCAAGGAGUUUGAGAAUAUGAAUCCGCCUGAUGUUUUCAACUAUAACUAUAAUUUCAGCAGUAUUACUGAUGGCGAGGGUGAAUAUUUUAGGUAUACACUCAUAUAUAUCCCUUUCACUCCCGAUGAACGAAAAAUUAUCUCAGGAUGGAGGAUGGAUUAUAAUGGGGAUAUAAGCGACAUUGGCCGGGGUUAUUUGGUGAUGUCCAGUCUCUGCUAUGGUUAUGAAUCCAAGAGGUCUGUUCUUCAGACAGGGUGCCAAGUGUGGGAACAGCCCACUUGCAGGAACAAACGCCAGACGUUUACCCGUAGGACUGGACUUUUUUCGGGAUUCAAUAGUCCUCAAUCUGUUCAUGACAGUAAUGCGAGCCUUGGCCCAAGUGACUGUCGAGAGAAUUGCUGGGACGAUUGUGAAUGCGUUGCUUACUCUCACGUUUUUACGUCUGAUGGCUGCACAUAUUGGAGAGGUAGGAAUGUGGAGUUUGUGCAGAGUCCUGAUGGAAUUAUCAAUGCUAAUUUAAUGUACGUUCUUGAAACUGCACCUUCAGACAAAGGAAUGAAGACAUAUGUGAAAAUCAUCCUUGGUGUGUUAAGUGCAAUGGUGGUGUUUAUCUCAGGUUUGGCUUUUUUCCUCAUGCGAAAGCUUAAGCAGGUGAGGAGAGAGAAAGAAUUGCAUGAGCUGCUGACGCUGGAAGGAUAUACAGAUGCCAAUGAAGGAGGCAAGAGUCAUGAUCUCAGGCUUUUUACGUAUGCAUCCAUCCAAUCUGCCACCCGCAAUUUCUCAUCGGACCAUAAACUUGGGCAAGGUGGUUUCGGACCUGUAUAUAAGGGAAAAACAUCAGAAGGCAAAGAUAUAGCGGUGAAGCUUCUUUCACGACAGUCAGGACAAGGGUUGCUUGAGUUUAAGACUGAGCUGAUUCUCAUUUCAAAAUUGCAGCAUGUGAACCUUGUUAAGCUAAUUGGCUUUAGCAUUCAUGGGAAUGAUAAAAUAAUAAUCUAUGAGUACAUGCACAACAAAAGUCUGGAUUUCUUUCUAUUCAGUCCAUCUCAGAAGCAGCACUUAGAUUGGCAGAGAAGAUUCAAUAUAAUCGAGGGUAUUGCUGAAGGACUGCUCUACCUUCACAAGUACUCUCGACUGAAAAUAAUUCACCGAGACCUGAAACCAAGUAAUAUACUACUCGAUGAAAAGAUGAAUCCCAAGAUUUCUGAUUUUGGUCUUGCGAGAAUAAUUAAGCAGGACAUAUGUGAAGCUAACACAAACAGGCAUGCGGGGACAUAUGGCUACAUGGCCCCUGAGUAUGCGAUGCAGGGCAUAUUCUCUUUUAAAUCGGAUGUCUACAGUUUUGGAGUUUUAGCUCUUGAGAUUGUGAGUGGUCGGAAAAACAAUUUCUUCCAGCAAACUGAAGGUCCUCUAAGCCUGGUGGAACAUGCUUGGGAGCUUUGGAGAAAAGAUUGUGCGCUAGAUUUCAUGGAUCCAACAUUGGGCAACUCAUGCAUUAUAGGUCAAGUGCAAAGAUGCAUCCACGUUGGGCUUCUAUGCGUCGAGAAUCUUGCGGUUGACCGACCCACUAUUGAAGAUGUUACGUUGAUGUUAAAAAAUGAAAUGACAAACUUGCCAAUGCCAAAGAGCCCAGGAUAUAUCACGAAAAACAACGUCAAUGAAGACGUAGAAACAAGUUUGCUUGAGAAAUUAUCUGCAAAUGAACUCACGCUCACUGAAAUUGGGGGAAGAUAGUACCAUAAAGUGCCCCUCAUGAGUUUGCCUCACUAUGUCAUUUACCCAAAACUUAAUCUCAGAAAAAAUAUUCCCGCGCUCCCUCCUUUUUUCCCUCUGCCGCCUGUGUCUUCUCUUGUGGGUUGAUGCAGGCUAGAGAUUAGCUGUUCAGAUUUAGAACGCAAGUUUUCAAAUUUGAGUGUUUGCGCUGCAAACCGUGUUUAGGAUAGGAGGCUUUUAAGUGUGUUGGGUUGGGUUUCUGAGCUCUGUGACGUUGUAUGUUUGCCUGCUGUUGUCGAUCUUUGGGCUUGUUGUGGCGGCGGAGGCGGUGGCAACGAGGAUGCUUGAAAAAGUGCGAAGCUUUAUUUAGUUUUACUAGUUUAUUUUGUCCUCUUUUGUGUUUCUUAGAUUUUGUUGUUUGUUUUAUGUUAGUCUCAUAUUUUUUAGUAGUUUUAUGAGAACGAGUAUUCGAUGUACAUUAGCACAAAUAGAAAUAAAAUAUUAUAAGUU